AUGGCUACCUCCAGUGUCCUUACCUUUGAUACUGAGGGUCGUGCUGUUGACUUUGAGGUCUGGGUCGAUGACCUCCAGCUGUUCCUACAUUGCGAUAGGGCUGACGGAAACUCGCUGUUCGAUCUCACCUCUGGUGCCUCUCCUGCCCCACCUGCUACUGCUGACAGCACUGUUCGCUCACAGUGGGCCACACGCAAUGCUGCUGCCCGUCUUGCUGUGCGUCGCCACUUACCGACCACUGAGCGUGCGCACUUUAGCCAGUACAAUACUGCUCAGACCUUGUACGACGCUGUAGUUGCACGCUACUCCUCCCCUGCCACUGCUGCGCUAAGCCGCCUCAUGCUGCCGUACCUGUUCCGUGACCUUGCUUCCUUUCCCACAGUCGCCGACCUCAUUACGCACCUUCGCACUAGUGACACUCGCUACCGCGCUGCGCUUCCUGCUGAGUUCUGUGCCAAGAACCCCCCCCCCAUGUACAUCACCCUCUACUACAUAGUCACCUGGCUCCCUCACUCCCUUCGCUUAGUCAGGGACCACUUCCCCUCAGUUUGCCCCACCAUACUCACCGUUGACCUCCUCGAGGAGCGCCUCCUAGCAGCAAAGAAGAGCAUAGUCACCGUAGGAGCCUCUCGUGGUGACCCUCGCACCCCCGUCUUUGAGGGGUGUUCCCCCUCCCCCCUCUUGCCUUCUGUUGCUUCUGCUGCUGCGGCCGACCUCGUUGGUUUCGAGUCGGUCGGCGCAGCGUCUGCCCCUAGCGAGAGACGCCGCACCGGCAAGGGCAAGGGGGGCAAGGGCGCUGGAGGGGCUGGCGGGGGCGUUGGAGGUGGUGGUGGAGGCAGUGGAGGGGGUCGGGGUGGUGGUGGGAGUGGUGGCGGGGGUGGAGGUGUCGGUGGCAGCAGUGGAGGCGGAGGAGGCGGCGGCGGUGGCGGAGGGAGCGGAGGCGGCGGAGGUGGCGGAGGCGGCGGAGGCAGCGGUGGAGCUAGUCGCGGCUUUGCACAAAGGAGUGGCUCCUGUGGUGGGUAUACUCGUCCCUGCACCUACGUCCUCCGUACACGCGACCGCGCUGGUGAGCAGUGCAAGGGCCCGCACUCCACCCAGCGCUGCUUCGGCCGCCUGACGGACGCGUGGCGUCACCAGUUCCCUGACGCCACUGAGAUCCGUCGCUGGGGAGAGCUGUCUGGGGCGGGGGUUGCUAUCUUUGAUCUUGAUUAUGAUGCUAUUCUUGCUGCCAUGUAUGCUGUGUCUGCUAGUGAUGAGGGUGACUGUUUCCUGUGUGUUCCGCCUAACCCGGGCAUUGAGGUUGCUGCUCUAGGUGCUGGUGAGGUUGCUCCUCUAGGUGCUAGCGCGUCUGCUCCUCCAGGUGCUGGUGAGUCUGCUCUCUCAGGUACCCCGUCGGCUCAGGCCUUACACACCUUCACCCUUGACUCGGGUGCUUCCUGCUCCUUCUUUCGAGACCGCACCACGCAUACGCCGCUUAGUCGGCCGGUUGCGGUCUCCCUGGCGGACCCCUCUAGGGGUCCUGUCCUUGCUAGCUUCUCCACUGUCUUACCGUGCCCGGCAGCCCCCUCUGGCACCCUGUCAGGUCUCUACCUCCCCUCGUUCUCUACGAACUUGGGGCGAUAG